AUGACCAUAUCGUACACUUUGGAUGUGUCGCAGACCAAUCUCAAAAGCUUCUUCAGCUUGCUGUUGAGAUGGAGAGGAAGUGUUUGGAAGGCGGUUUUCGGCCAACUUUUGGUAUGGACGUCGGCGUUCCUGAUUGUCAGCUGCGUUUACAGAUAUGCCCUAUCACCGCAACAACAAACGGUAUUCGAGCAGCUCGUCCAUUAUUUCAAUGACAAACUCGAUGCCAAUAUUCCUCUCACAUUUCUACUUGGUUUUUUUGUAUCGUUCGUCGUUGCCCGCUGGGGGUCGAUACUUAACGGAAUCGGAUGGAUUGACGACGCCUCGCUGCUAUUCGCCACUUACAUUCGAGGUUCGGAUGAGGAGACGAGAAUCAUUCGAAGGAAUCUGGUAAGAUAUCUCGUGUUAUCCCAAGCGUUGGUCCUCCGAGAUAUUUCCAUGCAAGUGCGGAAACGAUUCCCCACCAUGGACACGCUGGCGGCUUCGGGAUUCAUGACCCACGAGGAAAUGGAUAUUCUGGAUCACAUCAAGGAUCCAUACAGCAGAUAUUGGACAUCGAUUCAAUGGAGCCUAAAUUUGAUCUACGAUUGCCAGCAAAAGGGAAAAAUCGAGAGCUACUAUUUAAUGAAUAAAAUAGUCGAUGAGAUUGGCAAAUUUCGGCAUGGGCUCGCUUCGCUGCUCAAAUACGAUUGGGUUCCAGUGCCGCUCGUUUACCCACAGGUCAUAUUUCUGGCGGUUCGAAUUUAUUUCCUAAUCUGCCUUAUCGGACGCCAAUUUAUUGUCACCGGCACAAAUCCGUCUGGGAUUGAUUUGUGGCUUCCAAUCACGACGAUGGUGCAAUUUAUUGUUUAUAUGGGUUGGAUGAAAGUGGCCGAAGCGCUUCUGAAUCCGCUCGGCGAAGAUGAUGACGAUCUCGAGUGCAAUUAUAUCAUCGACAAAAAUCUAAUUACUGGUCUGUCGCUUGUGGACGAAAUGUGGAAACAUCAAAAUACGGGCUACUCGAUGGUCGAAGAGCAUAUGGCGAAGGUGCCGAGCCUUAAAAAGGACGAGUUUUGGGGAAUCGACAAAAUCGCGCCGCUGUACUCCAUUGAGUCCGCUGAGCGUUCGGUGCAUCCACUAGUUGGAAGCGCCAGCAAAAUCAAUCUUGUCAAGAACCGAAAAGAGAUUGUGAUGACACCGCAUAAAAAUAAACUCAGCGAGUUGGACCCUUCAGAGCAGAAGGCGUACCUUCGACGGGUCAAUGUUAUCGAUCAUAAUGUGAAGCAUGAACAACAACGGAAUAUGGAGCGAGCGAAUUCUCCAAACAAAUGUCUUAAUAAAGUGCGGAGUAGAUCAAACGGGAAAUUUCAUUCGACGGCAACAAAUGGCGCUCAAAAUGGUGUCGAAUUGUGGACGAGAGCAGGCGACAUCGAAAUGAGCCAUCCGACGCCGAACACGAAUCAAGUUCAUCCGCAUUCUAUUCGUAUUGUACCACCCGACGAUUUCCCGCCGCCCGAGAAUCGCUAUUAA